GGGUGGGGGGCCGGGGUGGGGUGGGGCAGGAUGCUGGAUGGCCCGGUAUUCUCCGAGGGGCCCGAUAGCCCCCAGGAGCUCCAAGAAGAGGAGUCUGGCAGCUGCCUCUGGGUGCAGAAGUCCAAGCUGUUAGUGAUCGAAGUGAAGACUAUUUCCUGUCAUUAUAGUCGCCGAGCUCCUCCUCGACAGCCCAUGGACUUCCAAGCCAGCCACUGGGCCCCCGGGUCCCAGAGCCGCACGUGUAGGCCGCGCCCGGGAUCCCCUGAGCCGCCACCCCGCCGGCCCUGGGCCUCCAGGGUGCUGCAGGAGGCCACCAACUGGCGGGCGGGGCCCCCGGCCGAGGUCCGAGCCCGGGAGCAAGAGAAAAGGAAAGCAGCGUCGCAGGAGCGGGAGGCCAAGGAGACAGAGCGAAAAAGGCGCAAGGCUGGCGGGCCCCGACGGAGCCCCCUGGGCCAGUCCCGCCAGGAACCCCGGAACGCCCUUCGGGCGGCCCACCCUGCCGGCCUCUCAGCGCCCCCUCGGCCCGAGCGCUUCGGGCAGGUGGGGAGAGCGCCCCGUCCACCCGCGCAACCGCAGAGCGACCCAGGGGCGGUGUGGGCCGGGUCCUGGGCAGGUCGCAGACCAGGGCCCCCCAGCUACGAGGCUCACCUGCUGCUCAGAGGCGCUGCAGGCACUGCCCCGCGACGCCGCUGGGACCGGCCGCCACCCUACGUGGCUCCACCUUCUUAUGAAGGUCCCCACAGGACCUUGGGGACGAAGCGAGGUCCCGAGCGUUCCCAGGGGCCCACCUCCUCUGCCCCAGCUCCUACCCCAGCCAGGACAGAGGGAGGGCGCGCUAAGAAGAGGCUGGAUCCUCGAAUCUACCGGGACGUCCUUGGUGCUUGGGGUCUUCGACAGGGGCGGGGCCUCUUAGGGGGAUCACCAGGCUGUGCAGCGGCCAAACCGAGACUGGAGUUUAGCAAGGGGGGCGCGGAGAAGAGUCCGGGCCUAGCUACUGCUGCCCUCAACAGUGGCAGCGACAGUCAUUUCCAAGCCGACGUUCCUAGUAGCCCGGGCACGGAAAUAGCUCUUGCGGGGCCUGUACCUGCGACCACCAGUCCCCCGCGUACUGCCCCCAGGUUCAGGCACCAACUCCAGGGCUCAAGAGAAGGGAAAGAAGGAAGGGAACGUAUCUGGCUCCCCAAGUGCUGGAUUCCUUCCCCUAAAAAGCAGCCGCCAAGGCAUAGCCAGACGCUCCCCAGACCUUGGGCUCCAGGAGGCACAGGAUGGAGAGAAUCCCUGGGUCAGAGAGAGGGUGUAGGGCCGGAGGCCCUGGAAGAUUGGAAGGAGACCCGCCGUCCCCAUACCCUGCCCCGCAGCUCGCGGGGCCUGGCUCGCGGAGAAGGCGUCUUUGUCAUUGACGCCACGUGCGUGGUGAUACGGUCCCAGUAUGUUCCGACUCCGCGAACCCAGCAGGUGCAGCUUUUGCCCUCUGGGGAGUCGCGUGUCGUGGGCGACGGCCCCAGGCAACCCAACGGCAGCAAGGAGGAGGGCGAGAGAGCCUCAGUCUUUUCCUCCGCCUGCCAGAAGCUGCUGUUGAGCAGUCGCGUUUUGCACCAGCCCAGUGGGGAGCCCAGGUGCGAGGCCGAGGGCGGGAAGGCGGAGGACUCCUCACCGGAGGAGCGCGCGGCCCGCACCUUGGGACUCUCGGCCGGCGAAGUCCAUGUGCCGUGCGCCGCCGCGCAGCCAGCGAGCCCUGAGCACGCAGCCUCAGGCGCGGCGGCCCCGGCGGACGCGGGCAGCGUGAGGGGCUCGAAAGUGACGGCUGCCCCGCGGCGCGCGGGAGGGGGCUGGGCACGGACUCCCGGGCCCUACGCCGGAGCCCUGCGGGAAGCCGUGUCCCGCAUCCGCCGCCACACCGCCCCAGACUCAGACUCAGACGAAGGUGAGGAGGAGCUCAGUGUCCACAGCGGCUCCUCUGAUGGAAGCGACACAGAAGCCCCGGGCGCCUCCUGGUGGAGUGAGCGGACCCCGCCCGAGACUGGCGGCACCUCGCCUGGAGAAGGCGGGAAGACAGCAGAGUUGAAGGCAGUAUCCGGGAGACUCUAGAUGCCAUCAGCCAACCUGAACAGGCCCUCUUCCCCACGAGGGAUACCAAUGGGACCCCACAGGGACAUAGGAAGAGGUAGUGAGAGACCCCUUCCUGUGUCUGUGUCUCCUGACGACUCAUCUGCCCUUGGACCCACGGUCCCCAUUCUUCCCCACACAGUUCCUUUUCCUUGUUCCCCUACCUAUUGUUGUUCCUAUGAAUAGAAAUGAAAGGGAGCAUAUGUCUGGUUUUGUUUCAGGAGGGGUGUGGGUGAGCAGUAGAUUGAAUGCCUGCUGCCUUCAGGAAACAGGGUAAGGUCUUCAGCAUGGACUGCUGCAUAGGUGUCCAGAGAUGCCUGGCCAGGAUCAGGCAAGAGGGCAGAGGCAGGGCAGGGCCGGGCCUGUGGGCACAAGGGACAAAGUGAUGGAGAGGCUUUGGACCUAGUGACAGACUGACCAAGUGACAGAGGGCUUCUUGGCAGAGGCUGAAUGGAAUGGGUCUAAAGCAAUCAGCAAAAGCAGGAAGAGGGCUCACCUUCAGGUCACAAGUCUGGAAUAUCAAUUCUGCCACUGACUCAGUGGUUGGCCUUAGACCGGUCACUUCCCCUCUCUAGGCUUCCAGGGUUUCUGGUAUGCUGUAUGAGGGGUUCUCUGGUCCACCCUUCCAUCCUUGGAGUUUGGGAUCUUUGGGAAGGGCUCUGUCUAAUCCUGUUUUCAUCAAGCCAUAAAGAAAGUUGGGAAUCCGUGAAAAGAAUCUGAGGAUUUCGUGACCUCCUUGUCAUCUGCAUCUAUUCUCAAUUCAGCAGACUGCAGAAGAGCUGAGUGGGCAAAAGGCUCUUACCCCUGUCUCCAAGGUUUAGGUGAGGGUACCUGAUGGUACCUCAACGGAGGGCAGGGUAGUGGCCCUGGCUCUGCUCCUGGCCCUGGCCUGUGGUGGUCCCAGCUGGGGAGGGAAGGCAGCCAAUGAAUCAGCGUGGGACCUCUCUUUAGGCCUUCCAUUUCCCUUCACCCUCAUAUUCUCUAGUAAUACUCUGGAGCGUUAUUAAGAUUUCCUACUCAGGUAACACCUGAUAGAACCCUAAAAGUCUGCAUUUCUGCCUCUUCAGAAUCUUGCCCGGGGAGGAAGGAGGCUGGUUCUAAGAAACCGGGAUAUAGGGUGUGGUGCUCCCUGUGGCCACCGGGGGGCGCGCGCAGGUCGCAGAUUUCCCAGGUUGCAGGUCCCCGAGACUCCUGUCCCAAGCUGCCUGCAAAUCCGAGUCCCAGUUUCCGCGCGCCUGUCCCCCACUGUGUCGCCUCCAGCCGCGCGAGCCAGGAGCAGGGCUCCGGCCUCCUAGACUUCUGGAACGCGUAAACCCCCGCUUGUCCGCAUCCACGCCUGCGGCUGGGGCGAAUGCACCCUGAGAUUUUUUUUUCUUCUUUUGGUCUCGGAUCCUGGGCACCUCCUUCGUCUCUGCCAUUUACUAGCCAUAUGAAUUUGGCCAAAUCACUUCGCCUCCCUCAGACUCAGUUUCCUCAUCUGUCGAAUGGGGGGUUUAUAAACACCUACCUCGCAGGGUUGUUGUGAGGAUUUCAUGCGGUAAUGUACAUAUAGCGCCUAGCACAGUGCCUGGCACACAGUAGGCGCCCAAUAAAUCUAACCUUCGCAGGC